AUGGUCGUGAAAGGCUCUAAAAAGCGGCCAGCACAAGCGGCGCAGCGCGGCCAAGGUGCUUCAAAAAAGCGCAAAGUCGCCGCGGACUCGGGCAAGCCCGCCAAGGGCAAAGAGCGUGCGUCCGACCGGACCACGAUCCCUAUCCCGAAUGCCGAAGACGAAGGAGACGUUGAGCUCUCCGAUGAUGACGCGGGCCUUCUGGAAGAGUAUGGGACGGCAGCUUCGUUUUUGCAGAGCUUAGACCGCAAAGGCAUCGCGAGGAGCAAAAAGGAGACCGAAAGGCUACAUCAGCUACACAAACCGGUCCGGAAAGCUGUGGAGGACGACCUCCCAUCUGUCAACUCUCACUCGGAAGACGAGGAUGAUUGGAGUUCAGCCAUGAGCGGAUCGGAGCCUGGGUCGGAGGCCGAGGCUAUGUCGGAUCCCGGCGAGGAAUCGGCAUCUGAAGCUGAGUCCUCUCGCGCAGCCAUGAAGCGUCAGCGGAGGCGAAAGCACGCGGGCUCAGACGAGGAAAUGCCGUUCGAACGCAGCCUCCUAGCGGACGGGCGGGUCCAGAAGAGCAGUAGUAAAGUUUUCCUGGACGUCAGCGAAGAGAGCGGACUCGAGAGCGAAAGCGCGGACGAGGAGGCUGCUGCCGCGAGCCAUCCUAAGGUGGACGACGUUUCGACUGGCGCGCGUUUUGGCCGCCCCGCUGUCGUGGAUGUCAUCAGCCAAAAGUCCCGCAAGGCUCGGGUACAGGGUGCAAAGGAACAGAUUGCUGGUCUGUGCCAGGAGAUCAUGGGCGACCCUGAAAAUAGUCUUGGUCUACUGAGACGACUACACACAUUUUCGCUCCCUGAAAUCACAACACCCACACAUCCGGAUCCCGUCCCGAACGACCCGAUGAUCCGACGACUUACUAUGUUGUCGCAGCUCGCGGUAUUCAAGGACAUCAUACCGGGUUACAGGAUACGUGCGCUUACUGACAAAGAGAAGGCGGAGAAAGUCAGCCAGAUGGUUCAGAGAACCCGGGAUUGGGAGCAAGGGCUCGUGGGCGUGUACCAGGCGUAUUUGCGCAGCUUGGAGGUGGAGCUCAAAGCGAAGAGUGAGUUUGCAGAGCCGGCACUACACUGCAUGUGCACUUUGCUGGUGGAGGUCACGCACUUCAACUUUCGUGUCAACCUCAUGACAUCCAUUGUUGCUGCGCUCAGUCGACGAUCAUGGGACAAGGCAAACCUCGGAUCUGUGCCUAGCACCUUGAUCAAGGUUUUCCGCACCGACCUGACCGGCGAACCGUCUCUGGAGGCCGUCCGGUUACUGAACCGCAUGAUCAAGGAACGCAAGUAUCAGGUCCACCCGGAGGUUUUGUCCUGCCUCUUUCACCUCCGCUUGAAGUCGGAACUUGGUGUUCGGGCGUCAGAGACGAAAGGGAAGGCGACGGACCAGCCUCAUUUGAGCAAGAAAGCAAAGAAGGUGUUAAAGGAGCGCAAGGAGAUCGAGAAGGACAUGCACGAGGCCGCUGCGGAGGUAGACCAGGAAGAGCGCGCGUCACGGCACACGGAGGCACUCAAGCUGCUGUUCGUGCUGUACUUCAGCGUGCUCAAGAACCCACGCCCGACGCCGCUGCUGCCGGCGGCGCUCCGCGGGAUCUCGCGGUUUGCGCACCUGGUCAACAUCGACUUCUUCAAGGACCUGCUGCAGGUGCUCAAGACGCUGAUGACGCGCGAUGCCGACACUGAUGAGGACGGCGCUGAUGACGCGACUGCGGGCGCGAGCGCGGCGACGGCGGCCCCGGACGGCGGGCGAGACAUCGCCACCGUACAGCAUCAGCUAUUGUGUGUCGUCACCGCGUUCGAGCUUCUCUCUGGACAAGCUGACGCCCAUCUGUCCCUCGCUGUGUCUAAACCGUUUGUGGCUUCCUCUUCCGCACUCGCCCCCCUCCGGACCUCGCCACCGCCAUCCGCGCUCACCAACCGCCGUGCCCACCCCGGCCCGAACCCGCGAUCCCAAACCGCACCGGACCUCACCACCUCGCCCUUGCACGCGCCCGCACGCCCGCUGCGCAGGCGAAGCCCUCGACAUCGACCUCGGCGACUUCGUCCACCGGCUCUACGCCCUCCUCCCCCGCCUCGCCCUCCUCCCCGACGUCGACGCCCCUCCGCGCGCGUCCGCCCGGGCGCGCCCCCGUCCCCCUCCGUCGCGGACACCCUCUUCCGUGCGCUCACCCUCGCGCUCACGCCCCGCGCCGCGUCCGCCGCACCACCGCCGGCCCGUGCCGCGGCGUUCGCGCGCCGCCUGCUCGCCGCGGCGCUGCACUGGCCCCCGGGUCCCGCCGCCCGCGCGGUCGCGUUCGUCGGCGAGCUCGCGGGGCGCGCGCCCGCGCUCGACGCGCUCUUCGCCACCGACGAGCGCGGCGGGGGCGGGGUCGGCGGGGGCGGGCCGUACCGCUGGGACGUCGACGACCCGCAGGUCGCGAACGCGCUCGGCGCCGGCGGCGCGUUCUGGGAGCUCCGCACGCUGCGGAGGCGCACUGGGCGGAGGGCGUGCGGCGGGAGGCGCGGAAGCUGCUCAGUUCGAAAGUGUCGGCCGGGCAGUAGGAGGAGGGACGCAGACGGCGGAGAGCGGCGGCUGGGCAUCGGCGCCAGGGGCGCGGUGUAUUUCGGUGCAGUGGGGGCGUAA